GUCAUGUGUCUAUAAAAUGGCGCCUAACGGAAUUUAACGUACUAUACACAUGUCAUUUUUCAUUAGAAAAAAUUACUGAAGUCGACUUAUUAACUAAUAACUUCAAAAGUUCAAAAUAGAAGUGUAUCAAUUGUAAUAAUUCUUCGUCUUCGUUUCUGAAUGUUUCUUCAUGUGACGUAAUAGCGAUAUUUACAAGUUAGAAUUAUUCUUUUAAGGACAGCUUCGAUCGAAAUGAUGAAUUAGUUUCUCCCAAAAAUUAUCAAAAUCAGCUUUUCAUGAUAAACUUUCGGAAGUUGUCCACAUCUCUUCCUCCAGAAGUUUCUUCAGUUUAUUGAUAUUUGACCUUCUUGUGUCCCUAGAGAUGAUGAUCUUUUUUACCUUUCCCGGGGCAGAAUGGAACCAAACAAAGAAGUUUUACUUGCAGAAGUGAUCAACCACAAAUCGGUUGAUGAAACUCCACAAACACUGGGAUUCAUCGAGCUAACUCCCUCUUUGAAAGUGGAAAAUAUAUUUCAACAUGUUCAGGCUUUAAUUACUGAACCAGAAGGAACAUCAGAGGACAUUGAAAUUUUUUUAGAGGGAAAUGAUAAGAAGGUUACAUCUACAUGCAAAGAUGAACCAACUGAGAGAUUAUUUAAGGUCAGCUUGAAUCCUUACAAAAACAAGGCACUGAAAGAUAUAGGAAUUACAUGCGAUUCUGUAAUUGAAUAUAAACUUAAAGUAAUAAUGCCUAAACUUAAGAUGUCACUCGUUGUACAAGAAGUAAUCGAUGAUGAUCUUCAACUUGGUGCAUCGGCAAGUCCAACUACAACACUUUAUUUUAAUGGUGAUCAAUUGCCAUCUCUUACUAGUGAUGAGGAAUAUGGUUUAUCCGCACCUGAACAAUCAAAUUUGGAUAUAAUAAACUAUGUAGGAUUAGUAAAUCAAGCUAUGACAUGUUACUUGAAUAGUUUACUCCAAGCUCUUUAUAUGACUCCAGAGUUUCGAAAUGCACUUUACAAUUGGGAAUUUGAUGGCCAGAAUGAGUCAAGGUCCAUUCCCUUCCAAUUACAGAAACUCUUCUUAAAUUUACAGACUUCCCAGAAAUCUGCUGUUGAAACAACUGACUUAACAACAAGUUUUGGAUGGCAAGGUAGUGAUGCUUGGCAGCAGCAUGAUAUCCAAGAGUUGUGUCGUGUGAUGUUUGAUGCUUUAGAACAAAAAUUCAAGGACACCAAGCAAGCCAAAUUAAUAAAUGAUUUAUAUGAGGGAAAGAUGUUAGACUACGUAAGAUGUUUAGAAUGUUCAACUGAAAAAUCUAGAGAAGAUACAUUCUUAGAUAUACCUCUGCCUGUAAGACCUUUUGGCAGUCAGGUUGCAUACAAUAGUGUUGAAGAAGCAUUAAGAGCCUUUGUGCAACCUGAGAUAUUAGAUGGCAACAAUCAAUAUUUCUGUGAAAAAUGUAAUAAAAAGUGUAACGCUCAUAAAGGAUUGAAAUUCACCAAAUUCCCAUAUCUUCUUACGUUGCACUUAAAAAGAUUUGAUUUUGAUUACAAUACAUUUCAUCGCAUAAAGCUGAAUGAUAAAGUAGUAUUUCCAGAAAUGUUGAAUCUUAAUUCUUUUAUAUUAAGUAAAAAAACGGAAAGUGAUGAUAAUAUCGAAGAAAAAGAAAACAUAUCUAAAUGUGAUGACUCUUGUACAACAGAUUCCGGUUCUGCUUUAGAAGAUGAAGGUUGUCAAAGCACAGAUGCAUCCUCAACAGUUAAUGGACAGGACGUCAAUUGUAGUGAAAGUGAUGAAGGUAUUGAUGUCAGUUCAUGUAACAAUCAUAAAAGCGAGCCUCAAGGACCUUAUGUUUAUGACCUUUACAGUAUCAUGAUUCAUUCUGGAUCUGCUACUGGUGGUCAUUAUUAUGCUUACAUCAAAGAUUUUGAUAAGCAGAAAUGGUAUUGUUUUAAUGAUCAGAGUGUUACAAGAAUAACUGAGGAUGACAUUCAAAAAACAUAUGGUGGUUCCCCACACAGAGGAUAUUUUUCAGGAGCUUAUAGCUCAAGUACCAAUGCUUAUAUGCUUAUGUAUAGGCUAAUUGAUAAGGAAAGAAACGCUCAUGCAAUACAAGUCGAUGAAUUUCCCCCGCACAUAAAAAAUCUCUUGAAACAAAUGAAAGAAAAAGAGGAAAUAGAUCGAAUAAAUAAAGAGAAAGAAAAUGAUUUUGUAAAAAUUAAUAUAUUCUGUUACCAUCCGGUGGAAAAAAGACUGGUAGAUGCAAAAGUUGCAAUAUUUGUUGAUAAUACGCUACAAGAAACCGUUCACUACACAGCUCACCAUAGGUUCAAACUUGAGGGUGUAAUUGCAAAAGAAGAUUGUCGACUAGUAAGAUAUAAUAAGUUCCAAGAUUGCAUCGAUCAUAGUUUUGAAUCAGAUCAAAUCAAAUUCUGUGAUAUUGAUUCUAAUUUCAAUCUCUCUAUGAGUGAUUGGUUAUUAGAAAUAAGACAACCCAAUACUGAAUGGUCAGAUUAUAAAGCAGGAGCUGUAAAUAUGAAAAUUUAUCCUCUUAACUUACACACUGAGGAAAUGGAAGAUCCUAAAAUUCUUCGAGUGAAUGUAAAUGAAACAGUGAGGGAGAUAAAAUAUAGAAUUUCUCUAUUACUAGAUUCAUCUCUCGAUCCUAUUCAGUUAGCACUAGAAAAAUUGGGCGAUCUUAUGUAUUUGGAAGAUGAUGACAUUAUCAAUAUCGAUUCUAAAAAUAUUGAAUACAAAUUAUAUGUGGGGAAUAUGCUAGAGGAAGAUAAUGAGCUCUGCUUCUUUAGUACGAAGUUCCGAAAAGUUAUUGAAAAAAUGCAGCAGGUUAUAGGAAUAAGAAUAUUUUUACCAGAUGUGGGUUUAGUUACUUUGGGUUCUCUCUCUAUUCCUACUUUAGACCAGAACCAAAACUUGCAUAGACUAGAUAUUGGUGCAGGAGACAGGACCAUUCCUUGCUGUGAUGGUUUAGGAGAUCAGAGUAACAGUGAAGAUAGUAGUUUGAGUGAUAGUGACAGAACUUUAGUAGGUGAUACUCCAGGUGAUGGUAUGGCAUUAUCCCCAAAUAAUUCGAAUUCUCCAGGCGAUCAGCAUAUGGCUUCUCCGACUGACCCAUCUGAAGAUUCUUAUAAUCAUGAUGUUUUGGGAAACCCUUCGGAAGAGAUGCAUUGGGACGAUCAUGAAACAGAAGAAGAGCAACAACAGAAUAGUUUGUAUUUUAAAAUGGUGUAUAUCACAAACGAAGAUUGUGGAUUUUAUCCAUUUACUAGACUAUGUAAAAUACUGGUUGAUAAGCGCAUGACACUUGAAAGGCUGAAAAAACAUCUUGAGCCUUAUGUAAAAGUACCUGUUAAUUAUUUCAAAGUUUUUAGACAAUAUACAACUCUUUCGAUUCCUCCAGAGGAUGAAUGGUAUAAAUUGACUGAUACUUUGAGGUGCAGAAAAGAUGGAGAUGUUUUCAGUAUCAAAUUAGGACGAGUACUUCAAGAAAAUGAACAUAAUGCUAAAAUCUUUCUCCUGAGACCAAAUCACAAAGAACCUAUAUAUUUCCUUUUUGAUUUUAUAAUAGCUAAAGGACAAACAGUUGGUCAAGUACUUAAAGAGAUAGUAUAUACUGCAAAAAAAAGAGGUAUUCAAGAUUUAAACUUUCAAAAAUGUAGAUUACGUGAAAAAAAUUUGAAGAAAGUAAAGAAAGUAUAUUUAGACUAUCAAGUAUUUGGUGAAGAUAUAUAUAUGAUUACAUAUGAUAUUGAAAUUUUUCUACAAGAACUAGAGGAGCCUGAAAAAGUAGUUAGUUCCAAACAAUUUGUGCUUUUCAUAAGGAGAUGGAGGCCUUCAACUCUGACUUUAGAUCUGGUUCAGGAAAUUGUUCUGAAUACACCGUCGAUGGAAGAACUGAAAGAAAAUAUUUCUCAAAUAUCUAGUAUACCAUUAAAUCAUUGUGAAGUGGCGUUAGUAAAUGUUUGUAUUCCUGGUGAUAUGCAUAGAUUACAGAUAAACGAAUUAGAUUGGAAAACCAAUUCAAAGAAUAUAGAUGGUCAUCCUUUAUAUGCCAGUGAUGGUUCAAUAUUCUACUAUAGAGAUAAUAGGGAGCCUCUCAAGACAUUAACAGUUGAGGAAAAGAAAGAAAUGAAUUUGCAAGAAAACAAACGCUUAGGUCUACAUAAUAGUAUAAAAACUUACUCCCCUGGCAAAGAGAGGGCUCUUAAGAUAUAUAUAGAUACAUCGCCUAAUAAAAAAAAUUGUAUAGAUUGACCAGCAGAUAAACUGCAUUCAAUUUUCUACUGUGUAGUGAUUAAUGGUCUAAUCAUUGUUUGUUUCAUUAUUAAUUUCUGUUGCAUCGUAUUUAUCCAUCAAGAUUCUGCCACAAUGUCAUUGUUUGCAUCAUUGUUAUCAAUAAUUUUUAAUUUUAUUGGUUUUUUGAAUGGACGUCUUUUGUAAUUUAUUUGAACGUGUAUUAUACCUUGUUUGUAAUGCCCGCUAGUAUAAUAAAAUAACAACGAAAUUAAAGGGUUACAGGACUUAUGUCAACGUUUGGUAUGGAGCAUAUAUUUAUAUUUGUUUCCACUUUUUUGCACCAUGACUAAGUUUCCUUACCUGAGAUACAAUUACUCAAUGGUGUAAGUAAGGUUGUGUAUUAUUUCAUAAAAAAGGUACUGCGUUUUGGUUAAUAUUUUCAAAAUUUAUCCAUUGGUCAUAGUAUAAUUUGUUUUAAUAUAGGAAUUCUAAUAAAUGAAAUUCCUCAAAAUGACAACUGCACAAAUGCAUCUAUUUUUGAGAUACCAGGGUGAAUUGAUCUUGAGGAAAAUCAUAAAACUUUUGAAAAUUCAUCUCUGUAAUACCUGGCCAUAAUGUUUCUUUUUUUAUGAAAAUUAUUCGAACUUUUUGAAAAUAAAUUUCUCUGAAUUAA